AAUCAGCUUUGUGCAAGAGAAGCUAAAAUGUCAACAGUAACAGUUGAUUUGCUGCAGGAAGUUCGUCAUCUGAGAUUUGCCUUGCCCGGUGCCGUUGAGCGCGAUUUGCGUAAUGCUUGGCAUGCCUACCGAGUGUCGGAUAUUACUCGGCAGCUGGCUAGCGAGGCGGGACGGGAACUCUACGCGGAAGCCAUAGCAUUCGACUCGUGUGAUGGAGCGAAUUCGUUCUUUCCCAAAAGCCUAGCUGAACUGGUGGUAGAUCAGAUCGCCAAGUCGUUUGAAAGUGGUUCCGUUCCUCAGGGUUUGUCGUGCGAGCAGAAACGUGACUUUGGAUAUCUUUUGGACGUUGAAUUGCCCAUUUUAAACCUGCUUCAUGUUGACAACGAUACAUUUUGGAGACGUGUUGUGAAAGCUAAGACCAAAUCCAUGGUAGAAUUCCUCAAGUGUGAUCGAGAUAGCGAUACCAAUUGGAAAAACAUGGGCGUUGCAUUGAAAGUAGCGGAAGUGAUCGAACAGGAACAACCUGAAUACUGGUUUGUAGGUAGCUUGGAGGAAAUCCUGAUCAAAUCACAACCCUUUGUCCGUAAUUUGGUGAUCUCACAGUUGAAACCAUUGAAAAAGGUGGUUCCAGUGGAAGGCUACCAAGGGUACAAAGUCGUCAAUCCUACACCGGAUCUUUGCCAUCAUGGAUCUCUAGUGGUUCUCAAACAUCUGCAGAACCUUACUUCACUGAGUUUGAUAUUCGGGUUGGGAGGCAUCAUCAAAGGGUACGAACCUAGAUUCUUCCAGUUUUCUCUAAAUGAUAUGGAAAACCUUACCACGGCACUAUCCGAGCUUCAAUUUCUGGAGCAUUUCAAACUGUCCCGUAGUCGUAUGGAACCAGACAAACUUAAAGCGUUGCUUGGUCAACUUUCCGAGAUGAAAAUCAAGAGUUUGGAACUAUCCUAUUGCUACCUCGGAGAAGACGUCGGGUUUCUCCUAGGAAAGUACAUCAGUAAAUGUCCGGAAACUUUGGAAAGAAUUGAUCUGUCAGGAAAUUUCUUGGACGGACAACAAAUUGAAAACUUUGGCUAUGGAAUCAAUGUUUACCAGGGUGUUUUGAAGCAGCUUGAUUUGUCUCACAAUCCAAUAGGGGAAACCGGAGUACUGACAUUGGGCGGAGCAAUCGUGAAUACUGAGCAAGUGAGAGAACUAAACCUUACCGGUUGUGACAUUGGAGAACAAGGUGCUUUUUGGGUCGCAAAACUACUCGCCAUCCACAAGCCGCUUAGAAUCCUGCACAUGAACUGUACUCCACUCGGCCGAGCUGGUGGUAAAAAGCUUAUCGAAGCACUCAAAGAAAACUGGUUCGUCGUAGAGGUAAAUUGCAAAUUUUGCAACCUGAAGCCCAGUCACGAAAGACGAAUUCAGCGUAUCCUGCGCAGGAACAAACAGUUUCUACAUUCACGGAAAAACUCAAGCGACAGCAGCACUAGUAGCGAUUUAAAGCCGUCACCCAAUGGAAAAUCUACGCCUCAAUAA